CAUCCGGACCCAGUGUCGGCUUAUUUUAUAUCACCUCCCUAUCCGAUAAUGUCUAACGAAUCUCCUCCUCGAUUCACCAUAUUUGCAUUUGACACUUUAUGAAGCGCGUCCUGACUUUUGCCUGGUUUUAGACCCUCAAAAGUCUUGCAUGCUGUCUUCUCCGAGAGCAAGACGGCUUCUUUCGGGCGUUGUUUGCAUGAACCCAACCCCUUUUUCUUUUUUUUUUUUUUUUUAUUAUUAUUACUUGUAUGUUGUAUUUGUGCAUAUAUUAUGGUUUAUUCGUUUUUAUUAUUUCUAUGUUUUUCAUUUUUCUUUGUUCUAUUUUCCUUUGUUCUCUCUGAUGAUGCGGAUUAUGGAGAUGGACGAAACCGAACUUGAUGUCGGAGGUAUCAUGAUGCCUCGUGACAAGUGUACUAUAUGGCUCUUGUGCAUGAUUAAUUAAUACGAUGCUUCACUACUUAUAUUCCCAAAGUCGUA